GUGCAUGAGUUACUAAUUUAAUUUUAGAAUAGUUUUGGCACCACUGACCAGACAAAAAUCAUACAACAAUGUUCAUCAACCUGAUGCUGUCCUUUAUUACUCUCAGAGAACCACUAAAGGAGGUCUUCUCAUAGCUGAAGCUACUGGUGUCUCUAACACUGCUCAAGGGUAACACUUGAGCAAUUCAUGAAAGAUAAAGUGAAUGAUAGAACAGAUGAAUAUGGUGGAUCCAUUAAGAAUCAUUGUCGAUUUACUUUGGAAAUUGUUGAAGUUGUUGCAAAUGAGAUAGGUGCAGAAAGAGUUGGAAUAAAACUAUCACCUUUUUCAGAAUAUGGAGAAUGUGGUGACUCAAAUCAUAAUGCAUUAGGACUUUAUAGGGUGAAUGCCUUAAAUAAAUAUAAUAUUUUGUAUUGUCAUAUGGUGGAACCAAAACAAGAAAAUGUUAAUGAAUGUAUUCAUAGUUUGGUGCCAAUGAGAAAGGCAUUCAACGGUACUUUUAUGGUUACCAGUGGUUAUGAUAGAAAAGAUGGAAACAAUGCUAUAGCUGAAAACAGGGGAGAUCUUGUUGCUUAUGGUCGUUGGUUUUUGUCUAAUCCUGAUUUGCCAAACAGAUUUGCUCUUAAUGCUCCUUUAAACAUGUAAA